UUUUGUAUCGAUACUUUCACAGCUCUAACGCAUGUGUAGACAAUUUGUCUGAAUUUAUUCUAUUGAUACAAUUUAUCAUUCUUAUUUCAUUGUGGCAAGUUGAUCGUCAAAAUAGAUCCAUUGGCGUAUGUUGCGGGCGUGAGCAACGCAAAUAAAAGCGUUUGCCUAAGCUCAGGAGAAAAAGGUGUUGUUGCUAGAGAUCUUAGGAAUAAAUCGUUUUCGAAUGCAGACGUGGGUUUAUUCACAAGCCACCAUCAACUAGUGUUUCAUGCAGAGACGGAAGCCAUGUCAGGUGAUCAGAAAAUAUUGUUAAAAGGUCAUUCUUCGCAGUAUGUAAAAAUAAAUGUUGGUGGUCGUCUUUAUUACACCACAAUUGGAACACUUACCAAAAAUAACGACACAAUGUUGAGCGCAAUGUUCAGCGGUAGAAUGGAGGUUCUAACUGAUUCUGAAGGAUGGAUUUUGAUCGACCGCUGUGGAAAUCAUUUUGGGGUUAUACUCAAUUUUUUAAGGGAUGGCACUGUUCCGUUGCCCGAAACUAACAAGGAAAUCGCUGAAUUACUCGCCGAAGCCAAAUACUACUGCAUCACAGAGCUAGCUAUGUCCUGUGAAAGGGCUUUAUUUGCGCACCAGGAACCCAAGCCUAUUUGUCGCAUUCCACUGAUAACUUCGCAAAAGGAGGAACAACUUUUAAUAAGUGUAUCUUUAAAGCCUGCAGUUAUUCUUGUGGUGCAGCGGCAGAAUAACAAGUAUUCGUACACAAGUACAUCAGAUGACAACUUACUUAAAAACAUUGAACUUUUCGAUAAGCUAUCGUUGCGUUUUAAUGAACGAAUUUUGUUUAUUAAAGACGUAAUCGGUCCAAGCGAAAUUUGCUGCUGGUCAUUUUACGGACACGGGAAAAAAGUAGCUGAAGUGUGUUGCACUUCAAUAGUUUAUGCAACUGAUAGAAAACAUACUAAAGUUGAAUUUCCGGAAGCACGCAUUUACGAAGAAACCCUCCAGGUAUUGCUUUAUGAAAAUCGAAACGCUCCUGAUCAAGAGCUUAUGCAGGCAACGUCUUCAGCACGAGUUGGGAGUGUCAAUGGCACAAACAUUCAUCAGUAUACCAGCGACGAGGAGGAAGAGCGUACUGGGCUGGCACGAUUGCGGUCUAAUAAACGAAAUAACCCGUCAUAGUUUAAGUAUAGUAUGCUACUUGACUAUUUUGAUUUUCCCGAAAAUUAACGUUAAAAUCGGUUGACGUUGGAUUUAUUAUAGUAUUAAAAUAAAAAUUACGUUUUCGAAAAAAACAAA